AUGGCGAAAAUUACUUACUUCAAUGCCAUCCUGGCUGCGAUAGUUAUCGCCGUUGACAUGGCCAACGCACAGUGCAAUCCUAUGAAUGGUCCAUGUCCUGCAAUUCCAGGUCUCCCAACAAGCACCUAUUCUAUCGAUUUCACCCAACAAACCGGAUUACCAUCUGACUGGAUCCAAGCCGAGGGAGCCCCUGUCACUUUCGGCGCGAGUGGCGCCAAUUUCACCGUUGCCAAACGCUACGAUGCGCCUUACAUCUGGACUCGCUUUUACAUGUUGUUUGGCCGUAUUGAAACAGUUGUAAAAAUCGCGCCAGGGACCGGCAUUGUCACGAGUGCAGUCAUGAUGUCAGACGACCUCGAUGAAAUAGACUGGGAAUGGUCAGGAAACAACUUCGCGCAGUCUGGUGGCAGAGUCCAAACAAAUUGGUUCGGUAAAGGCGUUCCUGGAAACUACGACCGUGGUUCCCAACCCGCCGUGAAUGAUCCUCAAGAACUCUUUCACACAUACGUAUUUGACUGGACUCCAGACGCCCUCACUUGGUCAGUCGACGGGACUAAUGUCUACACGGCAAAGAAUUCCCAUCAGACAACUGGAGCAUAUCAAUAUCCACAGACGCCUUCUCGCUUGCAUCUCGGUGUGUGGGCAGGUGGCGAUCAAGACAAUAACCCUGCGACAGUCUGGUGGGCAGGUGGAUAUUCAAACUUCAGUCUUGCCCCCUUCAGUGCCUAUGUCAAGUCCGUCAAGAUCACCACCUCGAAUCCUUGCCCCAGCUGGCAAUACCCAAACCCCUUCAAUGGCACCUACCAGGCCGUGGUAUGUACCAAUCAGACUCUUACUUUGCCGUGUACCUACACGGUCAAAGCAGGAGACAAUGGCCAGACAAUUGCAACUGGCUUGGCAGCCACUUUGGAUGCUCUCAAGGCUGCAAAUCCCGGCCUCAAUUGGGAUUUAUUGCUUGAAGGGCAGACACUCAAUGUCCCUGGUGGCCAUUGCUCCUCCACAACUUCAUCUGCCGUGUCGUCUACCACAACCUCGCCAAUGGGCUCGAGCUCCACCACCACCACAUCCUCAAUAGUGUCCACGACCGACUCAUCACUCAGCUCUGCCACUACCUCGACUGUCACGAUGACUUCCUCGUCCACGUUCGCACUUAGUGCGACGUCGGCGUCAUCGACGCCUGCCUCAAACUCGUCAAGUGCAGCCCCUAUCAACACCAGCUCCGCAAGCCCCACAUCGGUGGCUCCUUCAAGUUCUGGCUCUCCUGUGAGCUCAAGCACAUCUGGCUCAAGUAUCUCUCUCUUGAGCACUUCCACAAGUGUGUUCACGGGCACUACAACAACUCCUUCAGCUCAAGGGUCUGUUGCAACUACAUAUACUGUAGUUACUGGCGACUAUGGCUGGCAAAUUGCUUCCAAGGUUGGCUGCAGUUUUGAUGCUCUUGAUGCCGCUAACCCUGACGUUAACUGGGACAAUUUGCAGAUUGGGCAAAUCUUGAACGCACCAUGCGCCAGCUCAAGUGCGGCACCUGCGACCACAGGAGGUCCAGGUGCUGUCCAGACUUCCAAUCCUGCCUCCGCCUCCGAUCCCGGCAGUCCUUCUAGCAGCUCAAGCCAACCCUCGUCUGCGCCAGCGUCUGGCUCUAGUGGUGCAGCGGCUACUACUGCGGCUUCUGUGACAUCAGCAAGCUCCCCAGUCACGUCGUCAGAUACUCCAACCUCUGCGAACAACCCCACCCCUGCAUCAGGAUCCAGCUCUCUAGUCUCCGCAACAGGCUCGACAACCACCAGCUCGUCUGCCAGUCAAUCCACCUGGAGCUCGGCGACCGCUUCCAACAGCAUCUACUCCGACGGCGACGAUGAUGACGAUGCCUAUGCUUCGUCUGCUCCUCCAUCAACUGUUACUGUUGGCGGGACUAUCAUGACAAGCACCAGCUCGACUACCACAGGCCCGUCCCCGGGCACAACUAAUCCUACUUCGACCACGGCAGCCAUAUCAAAUCCCUCUAGUAGCCAGGGUAUUGUGGUACCCACCACCUCACAGAAGACGGUCAACCCUAUCACUGCAGCUACUCCCACCAAGUUAGUCUGCAACCAGGACAACUGCUUGCGCAAUAUGAUCGAUAAACGAUACUUGUCGUCAAUGAUGUCGUUCUGUCCCGCUUACACUACCGUGGCUUCCAACUCGGCGCCUCUUCCCACGUACUUGACCGGCUGUUCUCAGGACGUUAGUAGAGUCAGUAGUGCUUGCAGCUGUUUGAUGACCAGCUUCGCAUCGACUCAUUCGUCAUCUAGCACUCCGGCAAUGACUGGGCCUGCGCAACGAGCCGGAACACCUUCCUGGAGACUGAAGCGGUCGCCCUUGAGAUGGGAGCGAUUCGCUGCAUGAUGACCACACAUUGAUGUUGGAAAGCCGUUGCACGCUGGAAAGCGAGGUAGGAAACAAGCUGCUCUUCGAACAUUGGUUAGUUGGGGACUAGGUGAAGCUUGAUUUGCACAGAGUAGAGUUCGAACCUUCCAGCACAAGCAUUAUGUCUGCGAG